AUGAACCACACCAACUGGGCCUCAAAUCAACUCGAAAGCGCCAACGUUUCGUCCUGCGCCUACGUCAACCAAGGGGGAAGGGGUGAGCCCGGCAACUGGAGGUCUGGCUCCUGUGAUUCCUCGUUGGCCUACAUGUGCAAACGGCCGCUGAGCUGCCCGAAGGGACGGACGUGUUCCCCCAAAGGUGGUCUUGCUGUAGUGGAGACUUCCACCUGCGACACGGGCAACCUACUGUAUGGCGAUCAUUGCUACUUUUACUCAAAGCUGUACAAAGAUUGGGAGGAUGCCGAGAAGUUCUGUGUUGCCCAGAAAGGCCACCUGGCUAGCGUCCACUCAUGGCAAGAGGCUCAAUUCGUGUUUGAUCACUCGCAAAGCGUUUGGUUUUCUUGGCUGGGACUGAAGAAGAAAAGCAACGACUAUGAGUAUAGUGACGGAACAGCUUUUGUAAGUAAAUUGUUGACGGACUUUGGAAAAGUCAUUCUGCACGAGCUAGGUUGGGAAAGUUGAAAUUUGAGCACAACAAUUGCGCGGAGGAAGGGCGUUGGGAAGCCGAGA